UUGUGUUUUUUGCUUAACAGUUUUAACUUCAUGAUCAUGCCAUCAUCAUGUUAUACAUAAUAUUGACGUGGAAAUCCGAUCAUGAAUAAUAUCAAACCUCUUUUUUAUCAUCUUCUUUCUUCUAUAUAUACCAACAACAAUUCAUCUCCAAAACACAAAGCCCUUUAACAUUAUACACCAAAAAGAAAACCAAACCAAAAUAUCCCAUUAUGGCCUAUUCCCACAAACCCAAACCCAAAACCAAAAACAAAACCAACAUUUUAUUAGUCUUCUUCUUCUUCUUGACUAGUUUUAGUAACACGCUCGUUGCCGCACGUGCGCCGUUCGCGUGCGACCCGCGGAGCGGCCUGACGAGGAGCCUGAGGUUCUGCCGGACGACGCUGCCGGUGCACGUGCGGGUGAGUGACUUGAUCGGACGGCUGACGUUGCAGGAGAAGAUCAGGCUGCUUGUGAACAAUGCCAUUGAGGUGCCUCGCCUUGGCAUCCAGGGAUACGAGUGGUGGUCAGAGGCACUUCAUGGGGUCUCCAAUGUGGGCCCAGGCACCAAGUUCGGUGGGGCCUUCCCUGGGGCCACCAGCUUCCCUCAGGUCAUUACUACUGCUGCUUCUUUCAACGAGUCUUUGUGGGAGGAGAUCGGACGGGUGGUCUCUGAUGAAGCAAGAGCAAUGUACAAUGGAGGACUGGCUGGUUUGACAUUUUGGAGCCCAAAUGUGAACAUAUUCCGCGACCCCCGUUGGGGCCGAGGCCAAGAAACACCCGGCGAAGACCCCGUCCUAGCCGGAAAGUAUGCCGCUAGCUAUGUCCGGGGUCUCCAGGGCAAUGGAGCAGGGAACAAGCUCAAGGUUGCUGCUUGUUGCAAACACUACACAGCCUAUGAUCUUGACAAUUGGAAUGGUGUGGAUAGGUAUCAUUUCAAUGCUAGGGUAAGUAGGCAAGACUUGGAGGACACAUAUGAUGUGCCAUUCAAAGCAUGUGUGGUGGAAGGGAAGGUGGCAAGUGUAAUGUGUUCAUACAAUCAAGUCAAUGGAAAACCAACAUGUGCUGACCCUGACCUUCUCAAGAACACAAUCAGAGGUCAAUGGCAUCUUAAUGGGUACAUUGUCUCGGACUGUGAUUCUGUUGGUGUUCUAUAUGAUAGCCAGCAUUAUACUAAGACACCAGAAGAAGCUGCAGCAGACACAAUUAAAGCAGGUUUGGAUUUGGAUUGUGGGCCUUUUCUUGCUAUCUACACAGAGGCUGCUGUACGAAGAGGCCUGCUAAGUGAGAUUGAUGUGAACAAUGCCCUUGCUAACUUGAUUACGGUCCAGAUGAGACUGGGCAUGUUUGAUGGUGAGCCAUCAGCCCAACCAUUUGGAAACUUGGGCCCAAAUGACGUGUGCACUCCGGCCCACAAGCAGCUGGCCCUUGAGGCGGCUCGCCAAGGCAUUGUUCUGCUUAAGAACCGUGAGCCAACUCUGCCACUCUCCACCAGACGCCAUCGAACUGUAGCUGUUAUUGGGCCCAAUUCUGAUGUCACUGUUACCAUGAUUGGCAACUAUGCUGGGGUUGCAUGUGGCUACACCACAUCUCUACAAGGAAUCGGUAGAUAUGCAAAGACCAUUCACCAAGCAGGGUGCACCGGUGUAGCUUGUGACAACAACCAGCAAUUUGGAGCUGCCGAGGCCGCCGCCCGGCAAGCCGACGCAACGGUGUUAGUAAUGGGCUUGGACCAGUCCAUUGAAGCUGAGUUCAGGGAUAGAAGUGGGCUACUCUUACCAGGACACCAACAAGAGCUUGUGUCAAGAGUGGCUAAGGCCUCCAGAGGCCCAACCAUCUUGGUCUUAAUGUCUGGUGGUCCUAUUGAUGUUUCCUUUGCUCAGCGUGACCCCCGUAUUGGUGCAAUUCUUUGGGUUGGCUACCCUGGCCAAGCUGGAGGAGCUGCCAUUGCUGACGUCUUGUUUGGUACCACAAAUCCUGGAGGAAAGCUUCCAAUGACAUGGUACCCACAAAGCUACCUAGCCAAUGUGCCAAUGACAAGCAUGGACAUGAGGGCAAACCCGACAAGAGGCUACCCCGGCAGAACUUACCGCUUCUACAAAGGCCCCGUCGUUUUCCCAUUUGGCUACGGUCUUAGCUACACCACAUUUGUCCACAAAUUAGCUCAAGCUCCCACACAAGUCUCCAUUCCCAUUGCGAGACUUCAUGCCUCCUCCGCGAACUCAACGUCGUUAAGUAAGGCCGUUAGAGUCACCCACACUGAUUGCAAUUCUCUAUCUCUAAGAAUUCAUAUCGAUGUCGAGAACAAUGGGCCAACAGAUGGGACCCACACUCUUCUAAUAUUUUCAACCCCGCCGACCCACAAAUGGGCCGCCCAUAAGCAACUGGUGGGCUUUCAGAAGGUCCAUUUGGCGGCUGGGUCUCGGCAAAGGGUCAUACUUGGUGUCCAUGUUUGCAAGCACCUUAGCAUUGUGGACCAAUUUGGGAUCCGAAGGAUUCCAAUGGGUGAACACACUCUUCACAUUGGGGAUGAUCUCAAGCAUUCAAUUUCUUUCCAAGCCGAUUUAGGGGAAAUCAAGUCUUAGAAAUUGCCCGUAAUUUGAUAGUUAAAUAUACCCAUUUUUACCAUAAUGCUUGGUAUUUCUUUCUCAUCGGUUAUCAAUAUUACCUCACAAAAAUAAGUCUCCUAUGCAUGCCAAAAAGAAGGUCUGCAUGGGAUGUAACUGUAAUAAUUCAAUUAAAGAGUCUAAAGAAAGAGUUUUUUCAUAUUUGAGUUUGAUUAGUUAUUUGUAAUUGUAUAGGAAUUAUGGACUAUAUAUCCAUCAAAACCGAUUGAAAAAGGCAUGUUUGUAACUUGUGAGAUAAAGGGCAAUAAGAAAUUGCAAAUGUUUGGUACCUA